UGUAGGGUCAGAGACACACUGCGAGGCAACUAAGAGGCAAAGACGAAAUAACUUGGAAAACUGUUUAAAAAAAAAAAUUAAUAGAUCAUUAUUUCCUGUAUUUCUGUAUUUUUAUUUACUCCUCAUCCUACAAUGGAUAGUUUGGAGAAACAGCUGAUUUGUCCCAUUUGCUUGGAAAUCUUCACAAAACCAGUAGUAAUUCUGCCAUGCCAACAUAACCUCUGUCGAAAAUGUGCUAAUGAUAUAUUUCAGUCCUCAAAUCCAUACCUUCCCACCAGAGGAGGCACAGUGACCUCAGGUGGCCGGUUUAGAUGUCCCUCAUGCAGGCAUGAGGUGGUGCUGGACCGACAUGGAGUCUACGGACUGCAGAGAAAUCUGUUGGUGGAAAACAUCAUUGAUAUGUACAAACAAGAGUCCACCAGCAGCAGACCUGUUCCACAGAGGACAGAUGACCAACCAAGGUGUGAGGUGCAUGAGGAUGAAAAGAUCAACAUCUACUGCGUGACAUGCAGCGUUCCCACCUGUUCCAUGUGCAAGGUGUUCGGUUCUCACAAAGACUGUGAAGUGGCACCUCUUAAAAGUGUAUAUCAACUUCAAAAGACAGAGCUGACAGACAGCGUAUCAAUGAUGGUGGGCAACAACGAUAGGAUCCAAGGCAUCAUCAAUCAGCUGGAGGAGACCUGCCUGGCAAUAGAGGAGAACAGCCGGAGGCAAAAGACUCAUGUGUGUGAAAAGUUUGACCAUUUGUACAGCAUUCUGGAGGACAGGAAGAGGGAGAUGAGCCUGAAAGUUACCACUGAGCAGGACGAGAAGCUGAAUUACAUUCGUGGACUGAAGAGAAAAUAUGAAGAUCAUCUGGAGUGCAUGAGCAAGAUUGUAGAGUCAGGAAUUCAAAUGAUGGAGGAACCUGAGAUGGCUGUGUUCUUACAGAAUGCCAAGCCUCUGUUACAACAGAUGGGCGAGGGCUCUGAUACCUCCCAUCUGGAAGAGGUAGAGCGUGGCUAUGAGAACAUGGAUCAUUACAAUGCUGACUUUAAAAAAGAAUCCAAGGCCCUUCGAGCUAUAGACUUCAUCACAGAUGAUGAUGAGGACGAAGAAGAAGAGAACGUUGCCGUUGCAGAAAGUGAAGGCCAUACAGAACAAGCUGCUACAGGAGGAACAAAAACAGGGAUGCACAAUACUCAACCUCCUCCUCUCCCCCUGCCUCCAAACCUGCUUAAAAACACUAGCUCCUGAUUCUUCAUUUGUAUAGAUUAUUACUACAGCCCACAGAUUAUUUUGCUGUACUAAGUAAAAGUGGAAAGUCUGUUUGUUUAAAACUCACUGUAAUGAAAGUAUAAAUAAGAAUGUUGAAGGUAAUUAAAUGUUAAUGUGGAAGGUUUUUAAUAAAUUAAAAUGAUGGGAAUUCUAU